AUGGGUGUCUCUGAUCGAAGCCAACUGCACUUGAAAAAGGAGCUCACACAGAUUCGAAAAGCCGCCCGCGUUCUUCGCGAUCCCGGUACCACGUCUUCUUGGCGGUGUCCUCUGGCCUCCUCCUCUAGAUCUGUGGGAGCAGCAGCAGCAGCAGCAGCCUCUGCUACGACUUCUUCCACUUGGAACAACAAUGGAAACUCGACUACUCCCAGUGGAAAUAGAAACAAUGGCAGCGACAAAAGGGUCUUCUUGCACAACUGGAAGAGCUCCAAAUCCUCCAGAAACAACGACAAUGACGAUGAUGAUUACGGGGAUGGUGAUUAUGAUGAUGAUGAUGAUGAUGAUGAUGAUGAUGGCAUUGAUGCUUCUUCUUCAGUUGCAGCGUUGAGUGUUGAUGAUAGCUUGAGCGAUGCGCGUACCGUGGCAGAUGGAGAUUCAAGGAGUGACACUCAAACUUACAGCCGCUCCUCAUCCAUGAUGCUCAGGCGUAGAUAUGCGCAUCUUUUGCCACCCGUGAAAAAUACUAAGAAAACAAGUAAGAAAACCGAUACCCACUCUGACGUUUUAUCCAAAUAUCAGCAGAAAGAAUUAAUUCUUGGUAGAAACUUAGUCAGUUCCAGAAAAUCCGUGGAGGGUCAUCCUUCAAUGGCUGUAAGAUCAGGCCGGACCCGGGAUGACUUGGUCGACCAAUCUGAUGACACUGAAGACUACUGCAAUUCAGAGGAUCUGAGGCGAAUUUCUGGGGCUUCACCAUUGCUUUCCAAACUUAAGAAGAAGAAUUGGUCAAAGUUUAGGAGAGAUAAUAGUAUUCGAAGAGAGGACUCUUCGUAUUCUUAUAGCACCCCUGCAUUGUCAACUAGUUCUUAUAACAGGUAUCAUGUUCGUAAUCCAAGCACUGUUGGGUCUUGGGAUGGCACCACAACUUCCAUGAAUGAUGGAGAUGAUGAGGUUGAUGACCAUUUGGAAUUUCCAGGUCGCCAGGGAUGUGGGAUUCCUUGUUAUUGGUCCAAAAGGACACCAAAACACAAAAGCAUGUAUGGAAGCUGCUGCUCCCCUUCGCUUUCUGAUACUUUGAGGAGGAAAGGAAGUAUCAUAUUUUGUGGAAGUCAAAAUAUUUAUCCUAGACGACGUCAAUCAUCAUCAGGUUCACAUAAGCAGAGAAUUGCAUCUAGAAGUGCUCAGGGUGUCCUCCCAUUGCUUACCAAUAGUGGUGAGGGUAGGGGAGGAUCAUCCUUAGGAACUGGAAGGAGUGAUGACGAGCUUUCUACAAACUUCGGGGAACUUGAUUUGGAGGCUCUGAGUCGAUUAGAUGGACGGAGGUGGUCAUCAAGCUGCCGAAGUCAAGAAGGGUUGGAGAUUGUAACUCUAAAUGGAGGAGGAGAAGAGGAAGGCUCACCAGAAAACAUUAGGAGUUUUAGCCAGAAGUACAAGCCAAUGUUCUUCGGUGAGUUGGUUGGGCAAAAUAUUGUUGUUCAAUCACUGAUAAAUGCUAUUGAAAGGGGUCGGAUUGCCCCUGUUUAUCUUUUCCAGGGCCCCCGCGGAACUGGGAAAACAUCAGCAGCCAGGAUUUUUACUGCUUCCUUGAAUUGCCUAGCUCCUGAUGAAACUAAGCCAUGCGGCUACUGCAGGGAGUGCUCUGAUUUUGUGUCUGGUAAGAACAAGGAUCUAUUGGAAGUUGAUGGCACCAAUAAGAAAGGAAUUGACAAAGUUAGGUACCUAUUGAAAACUCUAUCGAUGGCACCCCCUUCAGCAUCCUCACGGUACAAGGUCUUUGUGAUUGAUGAAUGCCACUUGUUACCUUCUAAGACGUGGCUGGCAUUUCUCAAAUAUCUGGAAGAACCGCCACAAAGAGUUGUUUUCAUAUUUAUAACAACUGAUUUGGACAAUGUUCCCCGCACCAUACAAUCUCGGUGUCAGAAAUACCUCUUUAACAAAAUUAAAGAUAGUGACAUUGUUGCUAGAUUGAGGAAAAUAUCUGCUGAAGAGAACCUGGAUGUUGAAACGGAUGCACUAGAAUUGAUUGCUUUGAAUGCAGAUGGUUCACUUCGAGAUGCCGAAACUAUGUUGGAUCAGUUGAGCUUGCUGGGCAAAAGAAUUUCAACAUCUCUCGUGAAUGAACUUGUGGGAGUUGUUUCUGAUGAAAAGUUACUGGAGCUUUUGGAAUUAGCAAUGUCAUCAGACACUGCAGAAACAGUGAAAAGGGCCAGAGAGUUGAUGGACUCCGGGGUUGAUCCCAUGGUUUUGAUGUCUCAGUUGGCCAGCCUAAUUAUGGACAUCAUUGCUGGAACCUACAAUAUCAAUGAUGUCAAGCAUGAUUCAUUCUUUGGUGACCGGAAUUUGACUGAAGCAGAAUUGGAGAGAUUAAAACAUGCUUUGAAGAUUCUUUCGGAGGCUGAGAAACAGCUUAGGGUUUCAAGUGAGCGCUCAACAUGGUUUACAGCGACCCUAUUACAGCUUGGUUCAAUGCCUUCUCCUGACCUUACUCACUCGUGCAGCAGGAGGCACAGUUGUAAGACGACUGAGGAUGAUUCAUCCAGUGUUUCAAGAGAAACUGCCACCUACAAACAGUUAGAAGGUCAAUAUAUGCUUCAUAAAUCAACUUCCCAUGCUUCUUUACAAAAAACACUAAAUGGCAAUUCCAACCAUCAGAGAGAUUCAUUGUCAAGAAAAAAUGGUUUCGGUUUCAAUACCAAGCCUUCACAUGGCCAAAUCAUGGAAAGUGGGGCCUCAACUCCUUUGCAUGAUGAGGAUAUGGCUGGUAAUGUGAUUCUUAGAUGUGUAAACUCAGAAAAGUUGGAGGAUGUCUGGGCACAGUGUAUUGAGAGAUGUCAUUCAAAGACACUGAGGCAGCUACUACAUUCGCAUGGAAAGCUAGUGUCUAUAUCUGAAGCUGAAGGUGUCCUGGUUGCUUAUGUUGCAUUUGAAGAUGGAAGUAUCAAAUCCAGAGCAGAAAGGUUUGUUAGCAGUAUCACAAAUUCCAUGGAAGUGGUUCUCAGACGCAAUGUAGAGGUUAGAAUUGUUCACUUGCCUGGCGGAGAGGCUUCUCUAAAUGGUCCAAGUCCAGCUCACUUAUCAGGAACCGUGGCAGCAAUUGAUAGGGAAAGGAAAAGAGUUGGAUCAAAUGCCACAGACGGUUAUUCAAAUUGCUCUUUGUUUCUUGAUGGGACCCACAAGUCUACCUCUGAUUCAUCAGACGUGAUUGCAGAAGGCAAUGCCCAAACAAGUGCUACAAGAGAAAGGAGACAGGAGAUUCCAAUGCAAAGAAUAGAAUCCAUUAUUCGCGACCAAAGGUUAGAGACUGCGUGGCUACAGGUUGCAGAGAAAGGCACCCCUGGUUCAUUGAGUCGUUUGAAACCUGAGAAGAAUCAGGUCCUGCCACAGGAUGGCAUUUAUUAUGAAGAUCAGAUGGAGUCGUUGAAUUCAAUGAGGUUGUCCUCUCAGCAAUGGGAAGAUGGAUUAAACCAUGAAGUCAAAAUUUUGAAGGUUAAUAGUGGAAGGGAUGCCCAGAAGGACCAGACGGGAAGAAAGGUUGAUCGUUAUCCAAUGUCCCCAAGUUUACUACAUGAUAGUAACUUUGUGGGAAAUUCCAACAAAGAUAAUCUGGGUGAUGAAUCAGGAUCAGGUAAAGGAGGUUGCAGUGGAUUUUUUCGUUGUUAUAACACCAAACCUCGUAAAAGAGGAAAGGUAAAAGGGACUGCAGUCGCUGUUCAGCCACGCAAAGGUAGACGGUUUUCAUUGUUUGGGGAGUGUGGGAAGAAGUCAAGGAAAACAGAGAGCAGGCAUACAAGAUAA